GAGAAGAGUCCCCUGACACACUUCAGCUACUUUCUCAGUCUUACAGUCAGAGGGUCCCAGGUAGCAUCUUCUUCUGUCAGCUUCUCCUUCAUGAUGCUGCAUCUCUGUUAUCUCAUGUUCUCCUUGCUGUGGAGUCUCUCCUCCUUCUCCUCUGGGGUCGCCAUCGAGUGCAACGACGGGCAAUAUAAAUGGCCGAUACGCAAUCCCACGUUAUGUUGUCCAAUGUGUCAGCCAGGCUAUCGUUACAUUAGACGCUCAGAAACUAGUUGUGACAUUGAAUGUGAGCCCUGCGAUGAAAAUCGGUACACAGAUAUCUACAACCUGGAAGGGAACUGCAAUGUCUGUGAUGUUUGCAAGAAAGCUAACUUUGAGAUUGUGUCAAACUGCACACGAACCCAAAACACUGUUUGCAAGUGCAGAGCUGGCUACAGAUGCAAAGACGCGUCCUGCACAUUUUGUGAGCCUGCCCCAACGACCACCAAGCCCACGCCGCCGCCGCCGUCCACUACAGUAGCUGGAUCCACCUCCACAACCAAGACAACUGUACCACCAAAUAACAAAAUCAGAGAUACUCAGUGGUUCCUGGUGAUAAUCGCCCUUCUGUGUGCUGGAAUUGCUCUGGUUGUUAUGACAAAAAUCAAGCCAAUUCUGCACUGGAUCAGAUCCAAUCAUGGUUAUUUUUUGCCUGAAAAAACUGUGACAGCCCCUCUGCGCGCAGUGGAUGACGAUGUGUCCAAGCCGGUCCAGGAGGUGUGUGGAAAAUGUGACCACUGCAUCGAUUUAUGCAUAAAGGAUUAAAUCCUGCACUUGGAAAACGAAAUUACUUGUCGAAAUCUUCACUGCCACAAGAAAGAAACAACAUCUCCUGGAUAUUGGAGACAGAUGGAGACAAACAUCGCUCCAGUCGUUAUAAUGAAGAGGACUACAGCGGACGGUUCAGCUACUAAUGCUGUUCAAAAACUACAGGAUAUCUCAAUACACAAAAAACUAACCCUACAAAAAAUGGAAGAUUUAUUCCACCUAAACACACUGAGUGGGACACUAUAAUAGUCCUGCAUGGGCUGUUUGGUAUUUUGCUAAAUAGGUAUGUACUAUGGUACACUAUACUACAUGUACUACAUAAUAAGACAAGGAUAUUUAAGUACCAGUGAUGAGAUUCUCACUCAGAAAUUUCUCUAACAGGUUUAAACCUAUAUAUAGGCUAAGGCCUAUAUAUACGUAGGCUAAGGCCUAUAUAUAGGCCUUAGGCCUAUAUAUAGGCUAAGGCCUAU